AUGUCCGUAUUUUUCACCUCUUCGGUUUAUAACCUGGUUUUCAAGGCAACUGGAAUAUCAGUAAGGACAAGAAAACAUCAGUUGAAUUUUCUGAUAUCGAUAUCGAUUCAGAUUAUUCUUCCAAUUACAGCUCUGGCUAUUCCAGUGAUUUAUACUUCUAUCGCUGUUUUGAACAAUGUUUAUAACCCAUUUGGAAAUAAUAUAGCUGUUAUCACAUUAUCGUUUCAUGGAUUAUUAGCUAAUUUAUCAUUGAUAUUUUUGCACAAAAAAUAUCGUGAUUAUACAUUUAACAGACAAGUUCAGAGAAAGAAUACAGUUCAUUCAUUGAUUGUAUGUUGAUAAACUUUUUUUGUAAAUCAAAACACAGCGAAAAAAAUUAUUUUCCACAAUUUCACGUGAGAGAAAACGAGAGAGUUAAAAUUAGCGUGUGGUGCAGAAGAGAAGCGAGACGAAAAAGGGAUAUGAACAGACUUUUUUUUUGAUUUUUGGGCCUAGAUUUUGAUGAGUUCGCCUAACUUUUUCAUAAUUUUUCAAUUUUUCCGAAAUCCCUCCCCAAAAAACUCACCAAUCGCUUCUCUUCCUCAAAUCACACAAAAUUCAUUGAAAAUCCGAAAUCCUCCAAGUUUUCCACGUUAUUGACAUUGAGAUCCAAUUGUCCAUCAACAUUUCAAGCUGAAAAUCAGAAAAUUUUUGAAUUUUUCAUGUACCAUUGAGUUCGGCUAACUCCAUUUCUGUUUCUAUAUAGAUUUCUGGGGGGCUUUCUGGGUCUCACAACAAUUUUCAAGCUAUUUUUCAGAGAUUCACAUUUUCGCACAAAACUUUUUUUGUGAAAAAUCAGCAAAUCUUCUCAAAGGUAUACUUUUGAACCCUUGUUUUUAAGCUAAAAUAAACCAGAUUCAAUUCUCUGAAAACCUUUCUAGAAAUCAUUUUCAAAAUAAUUGUUGUUUAUUCCAAAAAUGAUCAAAAGAACUUUCUAGUAUGAUUAUAGGUUUGAUGAAAAUCAAAAAAAUUCAGCUGCAACCCACCAAACCACAUUUUAAAACUAUACUUGACUAGAAAAAAUGGAAAUUCCCCCGCUAGAAGCGAAUUACUCCCCUACUCAGUGUCCAAAUUUAUCCUACUAUCAUUCUGCAGAAUUUCUCUCCAAUACAGUCCACAUUUUCUCGUAUAUCACAUUUCCGGCAUCGAUUUAUGGAUGUUUUCUGAUUCUUAAAGUCACUCCAAAACAUCUACGGAAUACAAAAUAUAUUCUACUACAUCUUCAGAUCUGGUAAGUGUUAUAUGUCCAAAAAUUUCGAAAGAAAAAAAAUGAAAAUUUCAGCACAUUUUUCCUUGACAUCAUUGUGAAUGUUCUGGAGACGCCUUUUGUGUUCUUCCCAUCUUCCGCGGUGAAAUUGUUGGGUGUUAUGGCGGAUGGUUUUGUUCCAUUCAAAAUUCUAACCUUCACCGGUCAAUUUUCCAUCUAUGGUAUGUGAAUAAAUUUUGACGUGGCAAGCUAAGUAUCUUCAAAAUUAAUUAUUACUAGAUAGAGAAGAAAGUUCGCCCUAUAGCACACAUAAUUUAUGUGUGUACUUCUCUCAGAGUUCACACCCAAUUGCGGACUUGCUUUCGCACGCAGAAAAACAACCCCUCUAACUUUUUCAAAUUCCAGCUCUCGGCAUGUCAAUCCUCUUCGUCUUCCAAAGUCGUCACAGUGUAAUCACAAUAAUCAGAUGGCGAAUGACCAAAAAAUCAACAAUUAUUCUAUAUUACCUUCUUAUGUAUUCAAUUGGCUUCGCAGUCAUCACAAUCUGCUAUAUUUUCGAGACAAACAUCGAGAAAACGAAACUCGAAUUCGUCCAAAAAUACCCAUGCCCUGCGAAAGAGUUUUUCGAAAAUACCACCAUCAUAAUCACAUCCGAAUUAACAAUCCCCGGCUUCUUCUUAACAAUCUCAUGUCUGAAUUUGAGCACAAAUAUUCUAAUAUUUUUCACCUCUUCAGUUCAUUAUCUAGUCUUCAAAUCAACCGGAAUAUCGGCUAAAACGAGAAAAUAUCAGUUAAAAUUCCUCAUCUCAAUCUCUAUCCAAAUCAUGAUUCCGGUUAUAGCAUUGCUCAUUCCAAUGAUUUACGCGUGUCUCGCUUUGUUUCAAUCAAUUUACAAUCAAUUUGUGAAUAAUCUAGUUGUUCUAACUAUUUCGGUGCAUGGGAUGAUAUCGAAUAUCGCAUUGAUUUUGAUUCAUGAAAAUUAUCGGAACUUUACUUUUGGCUAUUUUUUGAGAAAUCGUGAGAUGAGAAAGAAAUCCAGUGCUGCGCCUUCAACUAUUUUUGUAUUAUAA